AUGCUUGGUCAAAGCAGCCAUCGCUGCCUCGGUCACAGGGGACAGGACCUCAUCCAAGGCAAGGACCGUUACAAGUGGUAUGAGGCCAAGUUUUGUGCCGAAGACCAACCGGAAUGGAACAUUGGCCGCUUUGUGUCCAGUCGCCAGGUGUCCCCUGAAUACCGCGCUGUGACCGUGGAAUGCGAAGCCAGCCGCGAGCGCAUUCCGCUGCGCGCAGCCUACAAGGCUGCUGGGCAGCGCGCCUCAUUACGCAUCAACAACGGCGUGGAGCGCAACUGCACAGUUGCCUCGCCACCUUUCCCAGAGUCCAUCAACUACGAACCCCUGUUCAAGGUUCGGGGUGACCUGUUUGCCCACGAAAUCAAGACGGUUCGGGAGCCUAUCAGCGUCAAGGCGGAGCUAACGGUGAUGGUGACGCGGAAGGAGGCCCCGGAGGUGUACGGCAUGGGCCCCGACGACGUGGUGGAAGUGGGCCCCUUUGUAGGCACUGGUCUGGACCUGCGCUCCUCUCCGCUUAUGGCCAUGUACUCCUGCCCGACGGUCGUGAUGUUCGUGGCAGGCAAGGGUAUCGCCACGUGCAUGUCGUUGCUGGAGUCCACGUCGGACGUGCCCAACCUCAGUCUGGAGUUCCGCAGGGACGUGCGGGUCUAUUACAAGGCUCCCAAUGCCUCCAGCAUCGCCUUUAAGGACCGCUUUGACGACUGGGAGCAGGGGGGGCCCUUGAAGAUCCUGACAACCACCACCUCGUUCCAGGACGCUUUCGACGACGACGACUCGCUAACCUACGACCCGGAGUCCACUGGUGCCGUCAUCCUGACCGGUGGUGAUGAGGAGGCUGAGCGGGAGGCGCUGGAGGUCUGCAAGGAUGCGGAGAUCAGCAAGAUCCUGACGGACUCUGCGGAGCAGGCAGCCCCCGUCUUCCUGAGCAGCAAUCCCUUCCAGGACUGGAUGAGCGGCAAGGCGCGGCGGCCGCCGCAGAGGAACUUCCCGGCCGAGCCGGAGUCGGGGUCGGAGCAGCAGACCAGCAGUGGCACGCCCGUGGCUGUUUAA